AAGGUCGUUCCAAUCGAUAGGAACAUCUUUAUAUAACCAAGUCAGAAGAUUGAAAAUCCUCGAGAAAAGAAAAGGUUUUGUGACAUUCGGAUCGAUCCACAGCCAGCAUGGCUGACUCUCCGAUUCCCAAGGAGCGCUACAUGAAGUUCCCCUACACCUUAACAGCGAAAAUGUACUUCUUCCCUUAUAAACAUCACUGGAAGCACGCGUGGUUCACCAGGUACUGGUGUUAUGGCAUCCUCCUCACUCUGCCAGUCAUGUGGAAGAUCACCAAGGCUGUGAACAACCCUGAAAACGUGGAGAAAUGGCGUGAAAUUCGAAGGAAGGAGUUCUACGGCGGUGACCACUAAAAUCUCGAGAUGAGUCCCCAAAAAUUUCCAAAAAUCUGUAGAAAUUAUUACCUCCGAUCCACCGAAUCGUGAGCCACACAUUGUAAAUCAGUGUUAAUAAAUAAUUGAAAUUAUCAAGAUA